AUGUCAACCAGUGCAGUCCAUCUCAAUAUUAGUGAUAUCCCAUCAACUUCACAUUGCCCUCUUCACUUACAUGCAAACACUAAUACUCUGUGUCAAUCUGGUCAUGGCAUUUCUGACUUGUAUGAAGUAGUAGAUGCUAUCAGGUCAAUGGUGAUCAAUGAUGUCGAUGAUCUUGAAGUGAACCUCGUCAUGGACCUCGCAAGGGCCAGAUGGGAUGUAUUCAAUGUGGAGAAGGUGCUUGCUGACUGCAUGGUCUGUGAACAUGAAGUCAUGGCAAAUCUCUCGAAGCACAAAUCCGACAUUUCAAAGCAAAAACUCACCAAGGCAGACAUAGGAAUAGGCCACAUGCGGAUCGCAUUUAAAAAAACAUGGGUUUUCUCAUCAUGGACCCAUGCCAAGUUUGCAAGGUAA